GUGGUGGGCUGCGGGAACUCGGAGCUGAGCGAGCAGAUGUACGACGUGGGGAUGUGCGAGGAUAUCGUGAACAUCGACAUCAGCGACGCAGUGAUCCGUCAGAUGCAAGAGCGGAGUGGGAGCAAGAGGCCAAAGAUGAGCUACCUGCUGAUGGACGCGCUUCAGAUGGACUUCCCUGACGCCCACUUCCAGGUGGUCCUGGACAAAGGCACCCUGGAUGCCAUCCUCACCGAUGAAGAGGAAGCCACGCUAGCCAAGGUGGACAAGAUGUUUGCCGAGAUCAGCCGGGUCCUGCAGGUAGGAGGGCGCUACCUCUGCGUCUCCUUGGCUCAAGCCCACGUACUGAAGAAAGCAGUGGAAUACUUUUCCCGGGAAGGCUGGGUCGUACGUGUCCAUCAGGUGGCCGGCAGCGGGGACAAGCAGCAGUUUGUCCUACCGGUCUUUGUCUACGUCAUGACAAAGUUCAGGAAGGUUCCCGGCUCAGCGCCGCAGAUCCUGGAGAUCUGCCCCGAGGAGCAGGACAAGCCGAUGCGGGUGGAGAGCACGGAGCGGCUGGUGGCAGCGGUGAAGGACAGGCAGCAUUACGCCCUGCUCUGCAGCCAGCUGAGCAAAACCCCCUGCGCGGAGCAGGUUUCCCUGGAUCUGUGUGACAAAGAGAGCGGGAGGCCUCGCUACACGCUGCAUGUGGUCGAUAGCCCCUUGGUGAAACCUUCCUGGGACAAUCGCUUCGCCAUCUUCAUCAUCCCACAGGGCAGAGAAACCGAGUGGCUCUUUGGGACGGAGGAAGGGCGGAGGCAGCUGGCCGCCAGCGCGGGCUUCGGGCGCCUGGUCACUGUGGCCCUGCACCGGGAGCAGCGCUACGAGGGCAUGGCCGGUAUCCAGGCGGAGCUGUCGGGGAAGGUGAUGGAGCUGGCCCCGCCGGGCCUCCCUGCCCGGCAGCAGGUACCCUUCCUGUCCGUGGGAGGAGACAUCGGGGUGCGGACAGUGCGGCACCGUGACACCAGCCCCAUGAGCGGAGAGUACGUCGUGGAGGACGUGAAGGGGGACGGCACCUGCUACUUCCGCCGCCUCGUCUUCCUCUGCAACAGGAACGUGGUGCAGUCGGAGGCUCGGCUCCUGGCCCCCACGGCUCUCCCAGGCCAGAAGAAACGGAGGAAGGACAAGAAGAAACCCAGCCCCGCUGAGCUACCUGCAGCCAUCGACAAGAGCUACCUGUGCUGCGAGCACCACAAGGCCAUGGUCGCAGGGCUCUGCCUGCUGGGGGGCCCCGACCCUCUCCCAGGUGACGAGGCUGUGCUGGGGGCAGACGCACGUGUGUCCCCACGCCCCAGCUCCUUGGGGAGGGGCUUUCCUGGCCAAGGUGCCCCAUGCACCCUUCCCAAAGCGGUGGCCGCGCUCUGGUUCGGCUGCUCCCAGGGCGACCUGAUGCGGGUGCACAUCUCCGAUGGCCUGGACUAUGUGGCCAAGCUGGCAGCUGAAGCCCCGUCCCAGUACGAUGCCAUCAUGUUUGAUGUGGACAGCAAAGACCUCACGGUGGGGAUGAGCUGCCCACCCCCAGCCUUCGUGGAAAAGACCUUUCUGCAGAAAGUUAAAACCGUCCUCAAGCCAGAAGGCGUCUUCGUGCUCAACUUGGUGUGCCGUGACGCCCGGCUGAAGGAGUCUGUCCUGGCCACCCUCAGGGAGGUCUUCCCGCUGCUCUACGCGCGCCGCAUUGAAGGGGAGGUCAACGAGAUCCUGUUCUGCCAGCCCAGCCCCGAGGGCCGGCGGGACCCCACAGAGCUGGAGGCACGUGCCAGGGCGCUGGAGGGGGCCCUGCGGCAGCCUGG